AUGAAACAUCUAGGACUACUAAGAAACAGCAGAGGAGUUUUCAUAUCCGUUGUUAUUGGGGUUCUGUUAGUGUACCAUUUGUUGAGCAAUGGACAGACCAAAGUGCAGAAUGAGCCUGUUUCAGGCGGGAGUAUUUUAGCUGGGAAUGCUGUUGUCGCCAGCGAGAUGGACGUUACCAAUGGGGGAGAGGGUGUCGAUAUGCCGUUCAUGCCCAAGAUGGGUAACGAGACACUCAAGGCAGAGCUCGGACGGGCAGCAUGGAAGGUGUUGCAUACGAUCUUGGCGAGGUACCCCGAGGAUCCGUCAAUAAGGGAACGUGAACAUGUCUCUCAAUACAUUGAUUCGUUUGCACAGGUGUAUCCUUGUGGUGACUGUGCUCGUCAUUUCAUCAAGUUGCUCAAACGGUAUCCGCCCCAGUUGAACAGCCGCAAGAAUGCUGCCAUGUGGGGGUGUUUUAUCCAUAACAAGGUCAAUGAACGAUUAGAGAAGCCCAUCUACGAUUGCACUAGCAUUUUAGACGACUACGAUUGUGGAUGUGGGGAGGACGAGGCUGGUCUUGACGAGACGCGGGAGCACCUGCAAAGCAUCCAAGUAGAGAGUUACGAGGAGCGAGUUGGAGGGUGA